GAGAGAGAGAGAGAGAGAGAGAGAGAGAGAGAGAGAGAGAGAGAGAGAGAGAGAAUGCGAGAGUGCAGGAGAACAUGACAGAAACACAGAACGAGAGAGAGAGCCUGCUCGCCAGCCUGUUUGCCUGCCUGCCUGCGGAUCACUGCAGAGCCUCUAUGAUGGACUCUCUGAGCAUUGUGCUGGAGCAGAUGAAGGUGAGUGGGGGGAUAGAGGAAGAGGAGGCGCUCCGAACAAAACUUGACACCAUUCUGAGAGCACUGGAGGAGAACACGGACGUGCGGGAGCCCUGUAUUCAGGCUGGGUUGGUCUCGGCUCUGGUUCCCCUGCUGGAGACAUCGGACCAGGAACUGCUGCUCCACACGGGCCAGGCCAUUGGAAGACUCUGCUUCGACAACAACUCUCAGCAGGAGGCUUUGGUGCAGUGUGGGGUGAUUCCUCGACUGGUCAGGAUCAUGAAGCAGUUUCCUGAGAAUGACGUCCUGGUCAACGUGUGUCUGCUGGCACUCUGCAACCUGGCUGACCUGGACUCUGCAAGGGAAGCUCUCAUCGAGAUGCACGUGACAGAGGUGCUGACUGUGCAGCUACGCCACACUUCCAAUGCAGAGAGAAGACACGUCAUACUGGAAGUGCUGGGAGCACUGGGAGAGAGCAAUGGUAACUGUAUCCACAUGGUUGACUCGGGGGUUGUCUCUCAGAUUCUGGACCUGCUGGAGCGCCACGUGGACGAAGGGGAUGUGUCUGUCCAACAAGCAGCACUGAGUGCACUCAGAAACCUGGCCAUCCCUGCGGUCAAUAAGGUGCGGAUGCUGCAGGACGGGGUCUCGGAGAGGAUUCGGAAGCUGCUGUGCUCUGAGAUGCCCCCCGUCCAGUUCAAACUGCUGGGGAUGCUGCGCAUGAUGGUGGACGGACAAGAGGAGGCAGCAGCAGUGCUGGGGCAGGAUGAAGCUCUCCUCUACAGGGUGAUGCAGUGGUGCGAUGCCCGGGAUCAUGCUGGGAUGCGCGGAGAGGCCAACAGACUGCUGGCAGCCCUGAUCAGACACAGCCGGGCACCUGAAGUGGUUAAGGCAGUGACCCAGGCGGAGGGGGUGCAGCACCUCAUCACCAUGGCAAUGAACGAGCAUGUGAUCAUGCAGAACAAAGCACUGGUGGCACUGGCCAUCGCCUCCACCAUCGACAUCGACGCGGUGGAGGAGCCCUUCAUGUCAGCCGGUCUGCUCUCCACGCUGCAGCAGAUGCUGGAGGACCCUGUGGCUGCGGUGGAGGUGAAGUUCAGUACAGUGGGGCUGGUGUGCAGCCUGGUCAACUCAGUGGAGUUGAGGUCUCAGAUGGAAGCUCUCGCUCUGAGGGAGACUCUGGGGCAGCUGAGAAACCACAGCAACAGCAAGCUGGCAUCACAGGCCGACACAGCUCUGAGCAUCCUCGCAGAGACCAGCUGAACAGAACUAAUGACCCAGUACCCUGAAAGCAGACCCAGCCCACCCCAGUACCCCUCCAGCAGAACCAGUCUGACCUAGUACCCCUCCAGCAGAACCAUUCCAACCCAGUACCCCUCCAGCAAAACCAGCCCAACCCAGUACCCCUCUAGCAGAAUCAGCCCAUAACCAGUACCACUCCCCCCCCCCCCCCCCCAGUAAAACCAGUCUGACCCAAGAACAGAACCAGAAACUCAACUCAUAAGGACACCUGCUAUCCACUGGAACAUAACCCUCCUGAUCCCUGACCCAUUACCCCACCAGCAGAACCAAGCUACUGAGCACUGGAGCAGAACCGGACCAACACGGGCCCGAGAACCACCAAGACCCAACACUGGAACCUGAACAGUGACCAGACACACUCCCAACAGCGUCUGGAACAGAACCCCAGAGUAUUCUAAUCAAGGCCAGCCCGACACACACACUCCAGCAGCAGCCUGUUCCACAGAUGAAUCCCACCAACAGGAGAGGCAAUUGGGCUUUUAGAGCACUUCAUAACAAAGAUGACACAGUUUAAACUUUUUAGAUGGUUACAUUCCCUUUAAUGCAAAAAAACAAAAACCAUUUACUUAAGUAAAAAAUAUAACAAAUAAGAAUUACUCAAAAAUGGUGACAUGUUCCUGAGAGGGCUGGUCUGUGCUGGUGCCACAUCACAGAAAGAAUCAGACAGCAUCAACCCAGAAUCGGAGCAUGUUUCUCUCACAGCCGGCUCCUAAUGCA